UAAACGACCAAAUCCAGCUUUUCGGGGCGAGAAAAAUUUCGCCGCUUAUGAUUAUCGUGCUUGCUUGUCCUACGUCUUUCUGCUUCUGUUUUAUCUUAUCUGUCAUUAAACUGCUUUUUUGCCUUGAUAAAUUCCUCCGUGUCGAUGUAUCCUCCGGUAACUACAUCUACAUCCCAAGUUAUCAGAACGCAGACGUUUACAAGAAAGGGAAAAGUGUUUCGUAACUCUUCUGAAGCGUAUAGUACGAGACCUGUUGACGGACCCGGGCCGGCCACGGGCAAGGGACCCGGUGGCGAGCGAUAUCGCCGUACCAGUCACAAUUCCUCAUGGACGAGUAGAUCGACCGGAAGUACUGGUGGUUCCACUUCUCCUUCUAUUUCUUCUCCUCUCAGCCGCACAUCGUCAGUUGGAUCAAACAGCGCGAGCGAUGAAAGGCCCGGAAGUGCCAUUGUUCGGCAGGGCGCUCUAAUCAGCCAAAAUUCCACGAAUUCCCCUGUGCAAUCUCGAACGGCCGUAAAAUCGUCAAGUCCUCCCAAAUCUACUCUCCCGCCUACCAAUGCCUCAAUGAUCCCUUCAUCUCCUCGCGCUACGAAAGGCGCGUUCAAACCAUUUAAUCACAAAGAAGUCGUUGAGCAUAUGAAUAAAGCAUAUUUGGAAGCAAAGAAGGCAAUCGAUGCGGGUCAUGGAAAAGUUUUCGAUCCAUACGAGGAUGGGGGUGCUCCGAUUGAAUUUGAACCUUUCGACUGGGAAGCCUUCUGGCAGGAGCGGAAAAUGAAGGGCAUUUGAAUGCAUGUGCAAAGCGGUUAUCAUCAUGACAACGGCUCAUCCGGACGGACACAUCGUUAACUUAUGUCUGACAGGAUCAGAUCCGUCCAGUACCUUUUUGCUGUGCUGUUAGCGGACGGUUGUACAGGGUUGUAAUCAGGAAUGCAAGAUUGUUCUUUUCCAAAGAUGUUUUUGCUUGUCAUAGUGUUUCUAGUUUAAGUUUUAUCACGUUUGGGUGUGACAUUGUGGGCGUCCCGCCUUUGAUUGACCUUUUGAUGUGAUCCCUUAUAUUUAUCUUUUCACUGUGGUACAUCUGUUAUCUUUUUACGAUUGCUCUCCUUGGUUUCUUUCAUUUUAGUCGUGCCAUCAGCGGUGGAUAAUUUCGUACAGUAGCGCAGUGCAACAUUUUAUUGGGGGUUUUUAUCACGAUGGGAAUUUUGGGAUCGUUAUAAGCUAUAACCCGCAGUUAGUGUGAUUUUGUGUGUGGCCUUGUUACAAUCCGUUAGCAGUGCAGAAAUAAAAGCUGUGCAACAUUGGA